CCCAGCAGCGCCACCUGUCAGUGUCCAUCAGUGCCAGCUCUCAGUGCUCAUCAGUGCCAACCAUCAGUGCCAGUCAGUGCCACCUAUCAAUGCCAGUCAGUGCCACCUAUCAGUGCCAGUCAGUGCCGCCUAUUAGUGUGCAUCAGUGCCACCUAUCAGUGCCCAUCAGUGCUGCCUAUCAGUGCCGCCUAACAGUGCCAGUCAGCGCCGCCUAUCAGUGCCGCCUAUCAGUGCCAUAUAUGAGUGCUACCUUUCAG